CAUUUGGAUGGAUGUGAAUCAGCAAUUGUCCUCGUCAUGGACCGGCGCUUUGGUUAUAUGCUCAAAAUCACUCGCUCUCUCUUUUUCUAGUUCAGGCUCAAAGCUAAUCCAGGUCGGGAGCUGCGAUUUAGUUGUCUCUAAUUUCUGGGUCUCCAGCAGUUUAAUUUUCCGGCGAGAUUUGGCCGGAGAAUGGCUUAUAUGUGCGCUGACAGUGGAAAUCUAAUGGCAAUAGCCCAACAAGUUAUCAAGCAAAAACAGCAGCAGGAGCAACAGCAGCAGCAUCAUCACCAGCAACAGCAACUAUUAGGCAUUAAUUCCUUCCCUCUAAAUCCCUGGCCUCCUGCAAUGUCUACUAAUCCCAACAUCGGUUUUUCUGGGAUCUCCGGUGCCGCUUUCGCCGACCCCUUUCAGGUUCCCUCAGGCGGAGAUACGGGAGAAGCCGGGUUUCAGUUCCCCCAGAUGGACCACCACUCUGGAUUCAGGUUUUCUGAUUUCUGUGCUGGUGCUGCUGCUGCUGCUGAGUUCGACUCGGACGAGUGGAUGGACAGUUUGAUGGGUGGUGGAGACUCAACGGAUAGUUCAAAUCUACCUUCUGGCUGCGACGCGUGGCAAAACAAUGCUGAUUUUGGUCUCUACGGUCCUGAUCCAUUUGCCACCUGCCAAACUCGUCUCAGUGUGGCAUGCUCUUCGCCGUCCGAUCUCAACAGAGUCAUCUUCACGGAAACCCAGAAAAGCCCUAACCCACUCCAAGUCCCAGCCUGGGCUCCAUCUCCACCACCUCCUCCUCCGCAAGCGGUGGUGAAAGACGCCAAGCCAGCCAAUCCUCCUUCACCGUCGACUACUAAAAACGAUGCAGUUGGUCUCUCUUCUAGUUCGCCAGAAAUCGAGUCACCAGCGCUCUUGAAAGCAUUACUCGAGUGUGCUAUACUCGCUGAGUCAGAACCUGAUAAAGCAGUGAAAUCGCUAAUUAAGAUGAGGGAAUCGGUAUCUGAACAGGGAGAUCCAACUGAGAGGGUGGCCUUUUACUUCACCGAAGCUUUAUAUAGUAGAGUUUCUCUACAAGCAGAAAAGAGCUUGACCAUAGUCGAGACUACCUGCGAGGAAUUCACUCUCUCUUACAAAACAUUAAACGAUGCGUGUCCUUAUUCGAAGUUUGCUCAUUUAACAGCGAACCAGGCAAUUCUCGAAGCCACCGAGAGCGCCGGCAAGAUUCACAUAGUCGAUUUCGGGAUCGUUCAAGGGGUUCAGUGGGCUGCUCUUCUACAAGCAUUGGCUACUCGCUCCACCGGGAAACCUGCACGAAUUCGUAUCUCGGGUAUACCGGCGCCAGUUUUGGGUAAAUCCCCGGCCGCUUCUCUGUUUGCCACUGGUAAUCGGCUUCGAGAUUUUGCAAAGCUUCUAGAUUUGAACUUCGAGUUCGAGCCGAUUCUGAAUCCAAUUCAAGAGUUAAAUGAAUCCAGUUUUCGGGUUGAUCCUGAUGAAGUUUUAGCAGUAAAUUUCAUGCUUCAGUUGUAUAAUUUACUGGCCGAGACUCCCGUUGCUGUAGAGACUGCUUUAAGAAUGGCCAAAUCGUUGAACCCGAGGAUUGUUACUUUAGGCGAGUAUGAAGCGAGUUUGAAUCAGAUUGGGUAUGUGAACCGUUUCAAAAACGCUCUGAGAUACUUCUCUUCUGUGUUUGAAUCUCUUGAGCCGAACUUGAGCAGGGAUUCACCAGAGAGACUCCAAGUUGAGAAAUUGUUGCUGGGUCGCAGAAUUGCGGGUGUUAUUGGGCCAGAGGAAGCGGGAAGUAGAAGAGAACGUAUUGAGGAUAAAGAGCAAUGGAGGGUUUUGAUGGAAAGUUGUGGUUUUGAAUCAGUUGCACUUAGCCACUAUGCCAUGAGUCAGGCUAAGAUACUUUUGUGGAACUACAACUACAGUUCUUUGUAUUCUCUGAUAGAAUCUCAACCUGGUUUUCUAUCUCUAGCGUGGAAAGAGGUGCCACUGCUCACUGUUUCUUCAUGGCGUUGAUGGUUGCUCCUUGAAUUGGUAUUAGUUUCCACCUGGUACUUUUUCUCUAGUGUGGGACAAAUUAGUGUCUAUACGCCAUUGAUGGGUACUUCUUGACCAGAUUUGAAACCAGUCUUGGCCUAGUUAUAGCUUGUUCUAUUUAAUUGCGAUUAUCAUGCAUUUAGAAGCCUUUUCAAGCUUCCUGUGACAAAUUAAUCACUUAGUUGGCAGUCUUUGAGUUUGGUCUUAGAUAUAGGGUGUUCUUGUGCUUUUGGUGGUUGCUGUUUUGAAACUUGGCGUAAAACAAAUUGUAAAAACAGAAAAAGGGAAAUGAAAUUGAAGGAGACAAGAAAAGGUUUCUUUCCCUUGAAAUGUUUGUAACUCUGUACAUAAGUACUUAAUUUCUGAUAUGAGUUUUUAUUUUUCUUUGUUUUGUCCA